UUUACCCCAAGUGAAGCCCACUUGAAGAUCUACGAAUCGGUGCUUACUACUCCUCUUGGGGCUCCUGAAGCCCCUGAACCAGAGCCGCCUCCUGCUGAUGACUCUCCAGCUGAGCCUGAGCCACGGGCAGUGGGUCGCACCAAUCACCUCAGCCUGCCUCGAUUUGCCCCUGUGAUCACCUCUCCCAUUAAGGCCGAGGUGCGCCCUCAUGGGGCUCCAGCUCUGAGCAAUGGGCAGCAGUGUCAGGCUCAGCCACAGCAGCCCCUACAGGCUUUGCAAACCCAGCUACUGCCCCAGGCACUACCACCACAGCAACCACAACUAGAGCCGCAAUUACAGCUGCAGAUACCACCGUCACCACAGCAGACACCACCACUGGAAAAGGCCCGGAUUGCAGGCCUGGGUUCUUUACCACUGUCUGGGGUAGAGGAGAAAAUGUUUAGUCUCCUCAAGAGAGCCAAAGUGCAGCUAUUCAAGAUUGACCAGCAGCAGCAGCAGAAGGUGGCAUCUUCGAUGCCGCCAAGUCCUGGAGGGCAAAUGGAAGAGGUCGUGGGGACUGUCAAGCAGAUCUCAGACAGAGGUUCUGUCAGGUCUGAAGAUGAAUCGAUGGAAGCUAAGAGAGAGAGACCCUCGGGCCCUGAGUCCCCUGUGCAAGGCCCCCGCAUCAAACACGUUUGUCGUCAUGCUGCUGUGGCCCUGGGUCAGGCCCGGGCCAUGGUGCCCGAAGAUGUCCCCCGCCUCAGUGCCCUUCCUCUCCGAGAUCGGCAGGACCUCACCACAGAGGAUACGUCAUCAGCAUCUGAAACUGAGAGUGUCCCAUCACGGUCCCAGCGGGGAAAGGUGGAGUCAGCAGGCCCUGGAGGAGACUUGGAGCCUGCAGGGUCUGGAGGGACGCUGACCCACACUCCCCGACGCUCGCUGCCCUCCCACCAUGGCAAGAAGAUGCGGAUGGCUCGGUGUGGACACUGUCGGGGCUGCCUACGUGUGCAGGACUGUGGGUCCUGUGUCAACUGCCUGGACAAGCCCAAGUUUGGGGGCCCCAACACCAAGAAGCAGUGCUGUGUAUACCGGAGGUGUGACAAGAUAGAGGCUCGGAAGAUGGAAAGGCUGGCUAAAAAAGGCCGGACGAUAGUGAAGACGCUGUUGCCCUGGGAUUCCGAUGAAUCUCCUGAGGCCUCCCCUGGUCCUCCAGGCCCACGCCGGGGGGCGGGAGCUGGGGGGCCCCGGGAGGAGGUGGUGGCCCCCCCAGGGCCCGAGGAGCAGGACUCCCUCCUACUGCAGCGCAAGUCAGCCCGGCGCUGCGUCAAACAGCGACCCUCCUAUGAUAUCUUCGAGGACUCGGAUGACUCGGAACCUGGGGGUCCCCCUGCUCCCCGACGUCGGACCCCCCGAGAAAAUGAGCUGCCGGUGCCAGAACCUGAGGAGCAGAGCCGGCCCCGCAAACCAACCCUGCAGCCUGUGUUGCAGCUCAAGGCCCGAAAGCGCCUGGACAAGGAUGCUUUGGCUCCUGGCCCCUUUGCUGCUUUUCCCAAUGGCUGGACUGGGAAACAGAAGUCCCCUGAUGGUGUGCACCGAGUCCGUGUGGAUUUUAAGGAGGAUUGUGAUCUAGAGAACGUGUGGCUGAUGGGUGGCCUGAGCGUGCUCACUUCCGUGCCAGGGGGGCCACCGAUGGUGUGCUUGCUGUGUGCCAGCAAAGGACUGCAUGAGCUGGUGUUCUGCCAAGUCUGCUGUGACCCUUUCCACCCAUUCUGCCUGGAGGAGGCUGAGCGGCCCUUGCCCCAGCAUCAUGAUACCUGGUGCUGCCGCCGCUGCAAAUUCUGCCAUGUCUGUGGACGCAAAGGCCGGGGAUCCAAGCACCUCCUGGAGUGUGAGCGCUGCCGCCAUGCUUACCACCCUGCCUGCCUGGGGCCCAGCUACCCAACCCGGGCCACACGUAAACGGCGCCACUGGAUCUGUUCAGCCUGUGUGCGCUGUAAGAGCUGUGGGGCAACUCCAGGCAAGAACUGGGACGUCGAGUGGUCUGGAGAUUACAGCCUCUGCCCCAGGUGCACCCACCUCUUUGAGAAAGGAAACUACUGUCCGAUUUGCACACGCUGCUAUGAAGACAAUGACUAUGAGAGCAAGAUGAUGCAGUGUGCACAGUGUGACCACUGGGUGCAUGCCAAGUGCGAGGGUCUCUCAGAUGAAGACUACGAGAUCCUUUCGGGACUGCCAGACUCGGUGCUGUACACCUGUGGACCAUGUGCUGGGGCCACACAGCCCCGCUGGCGAGAGGCCCUGAGUGGGGCCCUUCAGGGGGGCCUGCGCCAGGUGCUUCAGGGCCUACUGAGCUCCAAGGUGGCAGGCCCACUGCUGCUGUGCACCCAGUGUGGGCAGGAUGGGAAGCAGCUGCACCCAGGACCCUGUGAUCUGCAAGCUGUGAGUCAGCACUUCGAGGAAGGCUACUACAAGUCCGUGCACAGCUUUAUGGAGGAUGUAGUGGGCAUCCUGAUGAGGCACUCAGAAGAAGGUGAGACUGCAGAGCGCCGGGCUGGAGGCCAGAUGAAGGGGCUCCUACUGAAGCUGCUAGAGUCUGCGUUCGGCUGGUUCGACGCCCACGACCCCAAGUACUGGCGACGGAGUACCCGGCUGCCAAACGGAGUCCUUCCCAAUGCGGUAUUGCCCCCAUCCCUGGACCAUGUCUAUGCUCAGUGGAGACAGCAGGAACCGGAGACCCCAGAAUCAGGACAGCCUCCAGGGGAUCCUUCAACAGCUUUCCAGGGCAAGGAUCCAGCUGCUUUCUCACACCUGGAGGACCCCCGUCAGUGUGCACUCUGCCUCAAAUAUGGGGAUGCGGACUCUAAGGAGGCAGGGCGGCUCCUGUACAUCGGGCAGAAUGAGUGGACACAUGUCAAUUGUGCCAUUUGGUCAGCUGAAGUGUUUGAGGAGAAUGAUGGCUCCCUCAAGAAUGUGCAUGCUGCUGUGGCUCGAGGGAGGCAGAUGCGCUGUGAGCUCUGCCUGAAGCCUGGAGCCACGGUGGGCUGCUGCCUUUCCUCCUGCCUCAGCAACUUCCACUUCAUGUGUGCCCGGGCCAGCUACUGCAUCUUCCAGGAUGACAAGAAAGUUUUCUGCCAGAAACACACAGACCUCCUGGAUGGCAAGAGUCUUUUAGGCCAAGCCUCUGACUGUUCAGACCUUGCCUAUAGAGCUUUUCCCUGCAUCCCCCUCACCCCCCACCAAACCAGCAACUCCCCUUCGCCACCUACCUACCAGGAGAUCGUGACUCCUGACGGUUUUGAUGUUCUCCGCCGAGUCUAUGUGGACUUUGAGGGCAUCAACUUCAAGCGAAAGUUCUUGACAGGCCUUGAACCUGAUGCUAUCAAUGUGCUCAUUGGCUCCAUCCGAAUUGACUCCUUGGGUACUCUAUCUGAUCUCUCUGACUGUGAGGGACGGCUCUUCCCAAUUGGCUACCAGUGUUCCCGCCUGUACUGGAGCACGGUGGAUGCUCGGAGGCGCUGCUGGUAUCGGUGCCGAAUUCUGGAGUAUCGGCCAUGGGGGCCGAGGGAAGAGCCGGUUCAUCUAGAAGCAGCAGAGGAGAACCAGACCAUUGUGCACAGCCCUGCCCCUUCCUUAGAGCCCUUAGAUCAUGAGGACCCCCCACCAGAUACAGAUGCCCUUAUCCCUGGAGCUCCUGAGCACCACUCACCUGUUCAGAACCUGGACCCCCCUCUUCGGCCAGAUUCAAGCAGCGCCCCUCCUCUGGCCCCCCGCUCCUUCUCAGGGGCUCGAAUCAAAGUGCCCAACUACUCGCCAUCCCGGAGGCCCUUGGGGGGUGUCUCCUUUGGCCCCCUGCCCUCCCCUGGAAGUCCCUCUUCUUUGACCCACCACAUCCCCACAGUGGGAGACCUGGACUUCCCAGCUCCCCCCAGACGUUCCCGUCGUCCCAGCCCCCUGACCCCCAGGCCACCACUAUCACGGCGGGCCUCUCCUCCUCUCAGAACCUCCCCUCAGCUCAGGUUGCCCCCUCCUACCUCAGCCGUUACAGCCCUCACACCUACCUCAGGGGAGCUGGCUCCCCCUGGCUCAGCCCCAUCUCCUCCACCACCCCCUGAAGACCUGGGCCCAGACUUUGAGGACAUGGAGGUGGUGUCAGGACUGAGUGCUGCUGACCUGGACUUUGCGGCCAGCCUGCUGGGGACUGAGCCCUUCCAGGAAGAGAUUGUGGCUGCGGGGGCAGUGGGGAGCAGCCUUGGGGGCCCAGGGGACAGCUCAGAGGAGGAGGCCAGCCCUACCACCCGCUAUGUCCACUUCCCUGUGACUGUGGUGUCUGGCCCUCCCCUGGCUCCUGGCGCCCUCCCUGGAGCCCCCCGCAUCGAACAGCUGGAUGGAGUGGAUGAUGGAACAGACAGUGAGGCUGAGGCAGUUCAGCAGCCUCGGGGCCAGGGGACUCCUCCUUCAGGACCAGGAGUGGGCCGAGCUGGGGUCCUUGGGGCUGCAGGGGACAGGGCCCGACCUCCUGAGGACCUGCCAUCGGAAAUUGUGGAUUUUGUGUUGAAGAACCUAGGGGGAUCUGGGGAGGGAGGUUCUGGUCCCAGAGAGGAGUCACUUCCUCUGGCACCUCCCCUGGCCAAUGGCAGCCAGCAGCCCCCCCAGGGCCUGCCCCCUAGCCCAGCUGACCCCACCCGGACAUUUGCCUGGCUCCCUGGAGCCCCAGGGGUCCGGGUGUUGAGCCUGGGCCCCACCCCUGAGCCCCCCAAACCUGCUACAUCCAAAAUCAUUCUUGUCAACAAGCUGGGCCAAGUAUUUGUAAAGAUGGCUGGGGAGAGUGAACCUGUCCCACCCCCAGUGAAGCAGCCACCUCUGCCACCUACCAUUCCCCCCACAGCCCCUACCUCCUGGACUCUGUCCCCAGGACCCCUGCUUGGUGUGUUACCAGUGGUAGGGGUUGGUGUGGUCCGCCCUGCCCCACCCCCACCACCCCCUCCACUGACACUG